CUCUACUCGUCCAUUGGGGGCGCGCUGUCAAUCAAACUCUAAAUCUGUCGAGAUGGUCAUGGCGGAGGGCACAGCUGUUCUGAGGAGGAAUAGACCAGGCACCAAGGCGAAGGACUUCUACAACUGGUCUGAUGAGUCUUUUGAAGAGAUGGACAGCACACUGGCAGUGCAACAGUAUAUCCAGCAGAACAUCCGUUCAGACUGUUCCAACAUAGAGAAGAUUAUGGAGCCUCCAGAGGGACAGGAUGAGGGGGUGUGGAAAUAUGAACAUCUCAGACAGUUCUGUUUGGAGCUCAAUGGCUUAGCAGUUAAACUGCAGAAUGAGUGUCAUCCUGACACGUGUACCCAGAUGACUGCCACUGAGCAGUGGAUCUUUCUGUGUGCUGCCCAUAAGACUCCCAAAGAGUGCCCUGCCAUUGACUACACGAGGCACACUCUCGACGGAGCUGCGUGUCUUCUCAACAGCAACAAGUAUUUUCCCAGCCGAGCUCCAUUUCACCGCAUGAUGACUCAAUUAUUCCAACUUCUAACUACUAUAAAUAAAUACAGCUUUUUCUUCAUAUAAAUGCAGUACAUCAUG